GGGGGGCGGGGGGGUUUCCCGUCGAGAACCGUAACGAUAUUUGAGGAAGGACGACGUAGAAAGUACGACGGGAAAAGUACCGGGGAAGCUUAAGGUCCUAUUGCUACAAGGUCCACACAGUCACCCUUGCUUGGUGUACGAUAACACACGCAGCACAUGGAGCGAGGAAUGGUUGGUUAUCCAAAGGGGCCGAAGGCAGCGCCGGGACUGGGCAGUGAAGGCGCUUGGACUGCGGAGUGAAAAAGGCGCAAGAGAGGCUUGAGCACACAAACCUGAGUCAGCGAUACGCGAACGAAGCCCACAGUAACCAGAGCUCAACUCUUGUUUUAGGAAUACGAGACACACUGAAGAAUGUUAGAUGAACAAUACUUUACUCUGAAGAGUUGCUGGUGUUACAGUCUGAGAGAAGGAUGUCUAGCCAUUAGUAUCUCCCGACUGGUAAUCAGUCUCCUGAACUUACCAAGACCAUGCAUCGCUCUCUCCCAAUUCGUCAGCGAUUCCAUCAACCAACAAGACAGCAUUUAUAAAGACAAAUUCUUCAUAUGCAUCGUUUUAAUCCUAAUAGCUGCGGCUAAUGUCAUCGGCAGUAUCAUCCUAAUUGCCGGCGUCCUAAAGCGGCACCGAAGCAUGAUGAAGACGUGGGUGUACUUCGUCGUCCUCUUCGUGGCCGCACACGUUUACAACAUGUUUAAGAAUCAGGGUCCUCGCAACGGCGUUCAAUUCCUCCUGUCUGCGAUAGACAUUGUUUUCGCCUUUUAUUGCAUGUCCGUGAUACGCUGCUAUUAUCUAUCGGUGGAGGUUAGUGUGGGUCUCGAAGCCCAUUCUCCUCCCCGUUCGGACACCGCUGUCGAUGAAGAGAUGUUGCAAACUGCUGCAGAACAGGAAACUGCAAUGUCAGACCAAAGAUUGUGGAAUGCAGCUUUUAGUGCUUGAACUUGAACUCCAUUGUUAGUACCAUAAAAAUCAAUGACAUUAUCAGUAUUAUUAUUGUUGCUGCUAUUAUUAUUUUCAUCACCGUCAAUACUGUAUCAUUCUCACCGAGAGCUACAUACAUUUUUUCAUGCAAUGUUUUAGUACCCAUUUAAUUUCCUUUCAUUCAUUUAUACAUUUUUCAUCCUGUUCUUUUCACGCACUGAAAUGUUGAAGAGUUCAAACGUGGUGUUACAGUUACAAACCUCUUUGAUAUACUUUCCUAUGCCGUGAACAGUGUUUUGUUGAAUCAUUUAGUUUGAUUUAACUUCCGCAUUUCUAGUCAUAGAUAUAUUUUGUAUAAGUAUUUGAAUAAAGAUAUAUAAGAU